AUGUUGUUCCUUCACUGCCGAGUUGUUUUCCAGGACUCUACCAAAAUAAGGUGGACGAACGCAAAGUGUAUAAGUUUGAACCAGUCCUGGGUGCGGAUCAACCAAUGCCGCUUGAAGGCGAUCAAACGCGAUAUGACUGUGUUCAACUUUAAUGCCACAUUUCUGCAUCCCACCAAGGACAUUGAGGCCCGCUACCGUGUCUUCAAGAGGGAGAAUGGCUACAAGCCCUGGCUCAUCAACAUGAAGUACGAUUGUUGCCGCUUCCUGAGGAGGCCCUAUGACACUUUUGGCAUUUUCAUUUAUAAGUUGUACAAGGAUUUUUCAAACAUCAACCACACCUGUCCGUUGCAUGGUGAUAUACUCAUUCAAGGCUUUUAUCUUCGAACUGAUCUCUUCAAACUUCCGAUGCCCACUGGAGACUUUUUGCUAUCGACCUAUUGGUACUUUUACGGAAAGCCUCAAUUCGAAGUCAAUGUUAGUUUUGAAUUCAUUGAGAACUUGAUUUAA